AUGCACAGGCAGGUGAGUGUGAGAGAAAAUAGUUUCAGCUAUGCCGCGUACACACCAAGCCCGGGCUGGAUUAAAACUUUUGUCGCUUUGCUACAACACCUUGCUCUGAACCAAGAGUCACCACGGGGCACGUCGGCCGUCAUCUCACCUGUACGCUCACUAACCGGCAGAUGCCCCACUGUCAUUUCUAUCCAGCUGAUGCUGUGUUGGUCCCGAUGUAAGAACACAGGCCUCGCAAUAUUUUCUGUUCUUAGAAAGCUGUCUGUCACCAUGGCGAUGCAAGUGUUAAUCUCCCCUACAGUAUCAGUGUUUGUGUUGACCGUGCUGUCCGUGCUCAGCCUGGUUGUGCUGCUGCUGCUGUGCCUCAUCAGGAAGAAAAGGAGGAUGGAGGGAACAUACAGGCCCAGCGCAGAGGAGAAGAAACAGACGGGAUCAGCGGGAUCUGAAAAACCUGGCCUGCCUCUACCGCUGCCCAAAGAAGAGCGCCUCAUAUGAUGAACGCAUAAAAGUGGACUCACACCUGAGCCACUCCCCGUCACUGUGUACAACUGAGGAUUGAUGCCUGAUGUCUUCUGAUGUUGCUGUGUGGCUGUCCUCGGGGAUGACCCGUGUUUGUCCUUUGCACCAGAAACUCUUUAGACAUAAGGAACACUGUUUGUGCCGCACCUUUUCAUUCUCGAUGACAAAUACAGACUGUCACUUUUAUCACCUGUUUCACCGCAUGAAAUGUGCCAUUAUAAUGCCUGUUGUAUUCCUUUAUAAAAAAAACUCACUCCCUUUAUUCUGCCACAUAAAGAACAUGAGCUAAAGUAUAUUUUGUAUUUGUACAGAGGUUAGUAUAUUUGAACUGUGUUCUGUGUAUUUAUAUAUAAAACACUGUGUUUUACACUGUUUCCAAUGAUGAAGGAUAUUGAUGAAAACAAUGACUGUGAUGCACUUUUAUGUCACGCUAUGAGAAGCUCAAUUUCUUAAAAAAAUUAUAAAAAAAAAGUCAGUAUGCAUGCUACACAAGGUGUUCUGUAAAUAAACAAGGAAUGUGCACGA